GCUGAAACUGUUUUUUGACUGACUGUUACUCUUGUCCGUUAUUUGAUGAAAAUGACUGAUAACCGGGGCUGUUUGACAUUUUUGCCUAAUGUCUUUGUUGCUUUAUGACUUUUGAUUUUUUAAUUUUCACAUUAUUUUGGUCAAAAGGUGUUGCAAUAACGUUCUGUAUCGCAUGGUGUCGGUAUAAUGGAACAUAGUGUGUCUCGAGAUUUCCGUCACCAUCCUUACGUCCAAUCCUGUAUUUUGGCAUUACGUGUGAAGGGCUUGAACACGAAGCUAGCUCUAUACCAUUUCCAGGACUGUCUUGGCGAUGGAGCGCAGUUUGCAAAGGAAUAAGGCUGAUAAUUCUUUCAUGACCAUCAAAUUAUAAAUCCUGGAAUUAUCUGUAUUUUUUUUGUAUUUUUUUAACACAAUGGAACAAAGCGGACGUCAGGCGUGGAUAGAGCGAUGGAGAUGCGUCGCCUACAUGGUGGCUUUGGUAACGCUUUGGAGCGAAGCCUCGGCUCAGAUCAGAUAUUCCAUCUCAGAAGAGGUGAAGGAAGGAAGUGUUGUUGGAAACAUUGCCAAAGACUUAGGAAUUGAUAAGGCUACGCUGAAAGAUAGAGAGUAUCGUAUUGUUGGUAGUUCAACUGAACCUCUUUUCCGCUUGAAUAAGGACGACGGUAUCCUGUAUGUCAGCAGGAAAGUGGACAGGGAAGAGAUCUGUGAACGAAGCAACGCGUGUAUAAUCAACCUUAAAACCGUGUUAGAAAAUCCUCUGGAAAUCCAUUAUGUGGCCAUAGAGGUGCUGGAUGUAAACGACCACUCCCCCGUGUUCCCAGAAAAGGAAAAGCGACUGGAGAUAUUUGAAUCGACAUUACCGGGAGCAAGGUUUCAGCUCCAACCUGCACGCGACCCGGAUGGUGGCCAGUUCACUGUUCAGCAGUAUAAACUCAGUCAAAAUGAUCACUUUCGUUUGGAAGUUAAAGAGAGAGGCGAAGACCGUAAGAUGCCCUUUCUGAUUUUACAGAAGCAGUUAGACAGAGAGGCUAUGAGAGAACACAAGCUUCUGCUCACAGCUGUUGAUGGUGGGAGGCCAGCGAGGUCUGGAACAAUAGAAAUACUCAUUGAGGUGCUUGAUGUUAAUGACAACUCACCAGUUUUUAUGAAGGAUGUCUAUUCUGCUGUUUUAAAUGAAAACGCAGCUCCAGGUACGUUAGUUAUUCGGGUUAAUGCGACUGAUUUGGAUGAGGGUGCAAAUGGCGAAAUUGUUUACUCAUUCGGUAAAGAAGUGGACAUACAUUUGCAAAAACUAUUUAACAUUGACCAAAAGACGGGAGAAAUUAAAGUGAUAGGUGUGAUUGAUUUUGAAGAAAAUGAAAGUUAUGAACUUGAUAUACAAGCUUCAGAUCAGGGUACUGUUACAUUUACUACUGAAAAAACUGUGAUAAUAAAGGUAAUCGACCUUAAUGAUAACCCCCCAGAGAUUGAAGUUACAUCAUUUUCCAAAUCAGUUCCCGAAGAUUCUAGAAUUGGAACAACAGUUGCUUUGAUCAGCGUCAAUGAUUUAGAUUCAGGCCCCAAUGGGAAAGUUUCUUGCUUUAUAAGAGAUGAUGUUCCUUUCGCUAUAUCUCCAUCACUACAAGACAAUAUGUAUGCAGUUGUGACAAAAUCACAACUGGACAGAGAAGAAAAGUCUUUUUAUGAACUAACAAUAACUGCUAAGGACACUGGUGAGCCGUCACUCUCAUCUGAAAAGACAAUAAGUGUUGUCGUAUCGGAUGUGAACGAUAACAGACCACAUUUUUUUCUGAGCCCAUAUACAUUCUAUAUUAGUGAAAAUAAUGAUCUCGUUGCACCAGUUUUUUCAGUAAGGGCAUCUGACCUUGAUGAUAAUGAAAAUGCACACAUUUCAUAUCACAUUCCGAGGGAAAGCAGUGUAGAUCAUUUUGGUCUAUUUUUAAACAUCAACUCAGAAAGUGGAGAUAUUAUGGCGCUGAAAAGUUUUGACUUUGAAACACUGAAAACGUUCCAGUUCCAAGUUGUCGCCACAGAUUCUGGAACUCCGUCACUAAGCAGCAACGUCACAGUGAACGUGUUCAUUCUGGAUCAGAACGACAACGCUCCAGUCAUCCUGUAUCCAGUCAGCUCUAACGGUUCUGCUGAAGGUGUGGAGGAGAUUCCCCGCAAUGUGAACGCAGGACACUUGGUGACUAAAGUCAGAGCCUAUGACGCUGAUAUAGGAUAUAACGGCUGGCUACUGUUUUCACUGCAGGAAGUUACUGACCACAGUCUCUUUGCUUUGGACCGCUAUACAGGACAGAUCAGAACACUUCGCUCAUUCACAGAGACAGACGAGGCUGAGCAUAAACUGAUCAUACUGGUGAAAGACAAUGGCAACGUUUCUCUCUCAGCAACAGCUACUGUGCUUGUCAAAGUUGUGGAGCCCAAAGAGGCUUUUGCUGCUUCUGAUGUUAAAAGUGCAACAAGAGAUGAGGAGGGGACUGAUGUGACUUUUUACCUCAUGAUAACUUUGGGAUCAGUUUCUGUACUUUUUAUCAUCAGUAUCAUCGUGCUGAUUGCAAUGCAGUGCUCCAAAUCCACAGAGUAUACUUCUAAAUAUCUACAAGAGACUAAUUAUGAUGGGACACUGUGUCACAGCAUCCAGUACAGAUCUGGAGACAAACGCUACAUGUUAGUUGGACCCAGAAUGAGUAUAGGAUCUACUAUAGUCCCGGGCAGCCAUGCCAACACACUAGUACUCCCUGACAGGAGACGGCCUUCUGGAGAGGUAAGAUUAAUUAAUACAAAACUUUCUGUGCUUCCUGUAAAAUCCGAUUUAUGGAAAUAA